CGCUUCUCCGCCCCUUUCACGUGUUUCACUAAUGAGGAAGUACUCUAGUCACGUCUGUUCGUAGAGUGAGAGACAGAAGUAAUUUCAACUGGGUCUGCUCUGAAAAAGAACAAAAAAAAUAAAAUAAAACCAUGUCUCAGGCCGACUUUGAUAAAGCUGCUGAGGAGGUCAAGAAUUUGAAAUCUCAGCCCUCAGACCAGGAAAUGCUGGAGAUUUACAGUUUGUUCAAACAAGCAACAGUUGGAGAUGUCAACACGGCACGUCCUGGCAUGCUGGACUUCAAAGGAAAGGCCAAGUGGGACGCCUGGGAUGCUCGUAAAGGAAUGGGCAAGGAAGAUGCAAUGAAGGCCUAUAUUGCAAAAGUUGAAGAACUAAAAGAAAAAUACGGCAUUUAAAGACUGUUGGUAUUCAUUGGAACAAACGCUUGAUCUACAACCUCAGUGUUUGUAAUGCGAUUUGCCUUAAUAAAUAUCCCUGGUAUGUUGCGUGUUAGAUGACAGGUGCUGUGGUGAGUCUGUUAAAAGAAACUCCAAACAACAAACCCCUCUGAGAGACUGUCCACCAUCAUUUUGUUUAAUUAUAUGGAGAAACAAACCACUUGAUCAUGUUCUAGUAUUUGUUAAAGACAAAAUAAAUUGUGUCUUUUUUUUUUUA